CGAAAGAAACCAAGCGACUGUCAUUAGUUUUGACUUGUGUCAGAGCAGCAUCCAUCAUGGACAGAAUAUGUAUACAAUGCGGCGACUCCCAUCCCCCAGCAGGUCUGGUGAUACGCGACCCUACCCAAACGGUUGCCUCAACAUUGCAACAGUACCAUAUAGUAGAUAAAAUAGAAGCUCUCAAACAUGACGCGAACAUUUGGAUAGAAGAUCAAUUUAAACCACCCAAACAGCUACCGGAGAUACAGAAUCCACAUUUUCGAGGCUACAAUACGGAGGUAAAAUCGCUAAUAAACCCGCCUGUGCGUACGAGAUACCAACAGCUUCAACAAGAUUUAAAGGAAACUCCGUAUGCGUCUUACUGGAACGCUGAAAUUGGUAAAGUUAGGGAUCCGGUUCCGGGAUUGCCAGCCGGUAUGGAUCCUCUACAGGUAACAUUUGGGAAACCCAGCGAAAAAGACAUACCGGCAGGACUGCUGAUAAACCCUGCGAAAACAGACGACGAGGUGCUGACGGAGAGUAAAAUCACUCGUGAGUUGUACAGGAAAAGUCACAACAAUUACGAACCGUCAGAGAAAGUGCAGAGGAAAUAUACGGAAUCCUUUGACCCGGACAAGUGCUACGGUAUCAAAAGCAAGUACGACCCCAGAGGCAUAUGGGCAAAAUGCGCAUGUGACUGGUACAAAAAGGAACCCUUGGAGCUUGCUAGCAAAUUGCAGGCCGAUCACGUAGUGAGGGUCAGACCUCAACUUGGCAAGAGCCUUUCGCCAAACAACAACGCAUCAUGCGUCCCCGAGAAUCACUCGUUCGGAAAGCCGUUGAAAAGAGAUUUCUACGGAGUGGGUGAAUUAAUUAAAGACCCCAAUGUCAAACCCCACGUUAUAAAAAUGAAUUUCCGAAAAUGGAUAUCGGCAUUAAACAAAUUCAAAGCAAAACUAAAAACGCGAUGCAGAAAGACUGAUUUUAAACUAGGUGAUUUCUACAAGAAGGCUCUGCAUUUGGAUAAAGACAAAACGGGAUACCUAGAAGUAGAUCAGUUUUAUCAACUUUGCGCCAUAAACAGAGUCACUUUUCCCAAAACGGAAAUCGAGUCUCUGGCGGCGCACUUGGGUAUCAUUAGAGACACAAAGAUCGACUACGGAGAAUUUAUAAAAAUGGUAGACUUUAAUAGAGAACAUUUCAACAUAGAAUUCUUCGACGACAUACCCGAAGAGUGCAAGCACUAUACCACCAGUUAUCAGGCUGCGUACGACGACUAUCGAAUUAUAGACAAUUCGGGUAUGAGACCGGCUGGAACACCGUCCAGCAGAUACGACAAACCAUACCCCGUGAUUCCUGACGGCGGAUGCAGGGCAGACCUCAGUCACUUCGGAAACGAAACGUCCACGAACACGGUGCUAAGCCCUAGUAUAUACACGAAAUUCGGACUUACGUAUCGCGAUUUUUUCGAGCCCAGAUCGUCCGACCUGCUGAAAAAUCUUUUCGAAAAAGUGGGUUAUCAAUUUCACGACGACAGUUUCAACGUGCUAUGGUCGGCUGGUGUAGCAGAAGAUGGCACUGGGUUAGUGUGCGUGGAUACCUUCAAAACCUUACUGGACAGUCGACGAUUGGAGGGUGUAGAGUUUAAGGGAAAUGAGAACGCCGACGAUUUGGAUAAAAAUUGCAUGUGGAACAAGAUGUUAAAAAACAAAGAAUAAAUAUUGCAAU